CUUCCUGCCUCGAAGUACCGAACGCAAUUAACCGUCCGCCCAGGAUGGAACCGUUCGGAACUUUUGUAAGUCACUGCACGGCCGCUGCUUAUGGUGGAAAUGUAAUAGAUAUAAGUACAGAGCUCGUGAGCGAACUAAAAACGCGAUAGAGAAGUAGAGAGAGGAUGUUCCGUCCUUGUCUAAUGACGCGCACUUGUACAGGAAAUAUGUAACAGCGGUAUACGAGCAGCGUCAGUGUCCACUAGUGUGCAUGCCUGAUUAAACAAGGACAGGAAGUAUCUAUACAUGGUGUUCUCUUUCUAUUUCCAUGUUGCAUCCAUCUUACUAUACAGUACACACACUCAGCUAUUCUAUCAUUAUAUUUGUGCGUUGCUUAUGUGUGAACCAAACAUUUCCAUGACAACAAAUCGUUUGUCUCUUGUUUGAUGCUCGGUUUUCAACAGAGUUGAAAGAAUUUUUUAAGAGAAACGCAAUGGACGGGUUGUUUUUAAAGCAAUAAACGGAAAUUCUCGUAUGCAUUGAGAAACGAUAGGCGAUUUGAAAGUGUCACUAUGAACGGUGAUUUAUCGAUGCAAGGUAGUAUGAAUAAGAUAUUUUAUAAUCUGCGAAAAAAGGUAAGGAAUAUUCUAGAUUUUAGAUUUUAGAAUUUCCACGUCACAGACGAGUGUGUUUUGUUAUUUGAUUUGUAAUAUUGCUGCAGUUCUCUUAAUAGCUGUUCGUUUCAUGCGAUACUCGCACAUAGUAUCUAUGACUUUUGCUUCUAACAAUUUUUAUAAUUAGGCUGUAUCAAAUAUUUUUAACGUUCGUGUUUCAUGAAAAAUCAUGUGUAACUCGUUGAAUUCGCAAAUGUAACAAAAAAUUACAUGAAAAACCUUAUAUUAUUGUAAUGAAAAAAUAAUUAUAUUAGGAGGAGAGUCGUAUUUCGGAACGUCAUCGGAACAUAUUACACCUUGUAUGUGAUUAUUUGGAACACAAUGGGUGAGUAUAUUAUAAUUAAAAUAUAUUCCUAGUUCCAAUUCUUUUGAAUAGUGUCAGUGACCAAUCGAAAUAGAAAUCAGUGGACAUCAUGGAGAGAGAAGGCGAAACCAAAUUUGAAAAUUCGACAUCGGUAAUUCAGUAGUUAAGAAUAACUCAAUCGAUUAUGUAGAUUAACUAGUUAUAAACAAAUAUAUGAAGUAUAAAUUCAAAUUAUUCUUAUCCAUCUAAAAAUUGGAAAUUAAAAAGCAGAAGACAAGAAAUUAUCUUCGAGGAUUUAUAUAGUAAAUACAUUCUUUUGCCUGUCUUACCUAGAGAUAAAACAGUUGUUUGAUGGUUAUCUUAUAGUGUUCAGUCAUUGCGAAAAAUAUUUUUAAUUAGUUAAAAACUAUAAUUAAUUAAAAACUACAUUUUUUUAUGUAUAUAGACGUUAGCGAUGUAUUAUUCCGGGAAGCUCGUCUAUCUCCCGAACAUCGGGUUUGCGACAACAUCGAUUUGGAAAUUAUCGUUGCAGAGUAUGAAAAUUAUUACAAGAUGAAAUUUCAAAAAUAUCCCAUAUUGUGUAAGAAAAUAACUGGAAGGGAAAUGACGAGGGAAGUGACAAAUGCAAGCAAAACUGUUUGUAGAAGUAUUGAGACAAAAGCCAAAUCUGUUAGUAAACAAGCGAGAAGUGAGCCUGUGAAAGAGACGAAUCUACAGCAGAAGAUAACUGAUGACAAUACGAAUCAUAUUAAUCUCGCAAUGACAGUGACGUCAAUAUUCCCCAAUGAGAAUGAUGGACGUUCAUCAGAAGAGCUAUUUAACGUCCCAAUGGAACAAUCCAUGCAAUCGAAGAUAUUGAAAUGCGUUGAAAAGCUUUAUUCAGAUAAUCCGGAAUUACGAAAGAUUGCUGAGGACAUCUCAUGCGAGAUCAUAGUAAACAAAUUAAAUGUACAUUGGGAUGACGUUAUAGGCCUAGAGGAAUGUAAAACCGCUGUUAAGGAGGCCGUUGUGUAUCCCCUUAAGUAUCCUAUCUUUUUUGAUGGCCCGUUUUCCCCCUGGAAAGGUAUUUUGCUGUACGGCCCACCUGGUACAGGGAAAACGAAGUUAGCGAAGGCAGUCGCGACAGAAUGCCAUUGCACCUUUUUUAACAUAACUGCCAGCUCAUUGGUCAGCAAAUGGAGAGGCGAUUCCGAGAAGUAUAUACGUGUAAGUUGCUUUGUCUAUGUUUUAUUUGAACUUGCCUAUAGUCAUUCGCCUACAAUUAUUUUUAUCGACGAGAUUGGCUGGAUCGCCACAAAUAAAGGAGACUGUAUAUUGUCUGAACCUGCAAAGAGAUUCAGAUCAGAACUUCUUUCUAGAUUGGAUGGAUUAGUGUCUAAUGAGAAUUCUAAUGUAGUUCUUCUGGCUACAACUAAUUCCCCUUGGGGCAUUGAUGCAGCUUUACUCAGGCGUCUCGAAAAGCAAAUAUACGUAUCAUUACCCAAUGAAGUUGCUCGACUUGGUAUAUUCAAAUUAUACCUUAGCAACCACUUAUUAGAAAAUACAGAUAUUGUAAACCACAUAGUAAAAUGUACUGAAAGAUAUUCUUGUGCAGAUAUAAAAUUGCUUUGUAAGCAAGCGUGGCUACUAGAAAUAAGCCCGAUAUGGAGGAGACUUGAAAAGAAAGAAACACCUGUUACCACUUUGAAAUAUGAAUUAAAAAGUUAUGAAAUAUUAGCAAAAUUGUUAAAAAAAAUGUCACCUACAGUUAUGCAAAUAGAUAAAUAUGAUACGCGGAACAAAUAAAUACGCAAUCGUAAUGACAGAUAUUGAAAAAUAUAAAUAAA